AAAAAUGAACGCUCAACUGGACCCCUCAAAGCCAGCCCAAACGUCCGGGCCGUCCAGCUCCCCUCAAACCCAGCCCAUAUGUUAGUGGAUUUGGGGCUGCCCGGGCGCGUCCGCCACAUCUUGCCUGCCACCCCGAUCCCACAAAUACCUCGUCCAUACCCGUAUUUGGACCAACUCCACUACACUUCACUUUACUUUCAAUUCGCUCCGCCCAACUCCUCUCCGGUGAUCUUCUGCCAUUUUUGGCAUGGCGUGCAUCGGAUCUGAGGCCAACAACUUCGUAUCCGGCGACUAGACCUCAUCCCCUGCACCGACGAGGAAGAGAUAGCUGCCCGACUGGCUUGCCACUGGUCUUGGGAGGAUGUUCCAGCUCUGGUGGGGCUUAGAACCAGCAGCGGCAAUGUGCCCGUUGGCGGCUCGAGUUGCAUGUCCGCUCCGGAUCUGGUGCUGGCGAGCGGCGGUUGGAGGUACAUGCGCGCCCUUGAGGAUGGCCCCGCGACAUCUGAGCAACCCUGAUGCUAGGUCCUUGUCCCCAUGACGCUGGGCUCCGAGUCUGAGGUCAACGGUGCCAAUGCACACGACCAUGAAUACUCUGGAUGCCCCAGCUAUGGCGGAAAGGCGAGGUCGCAGCACAUCGUGCUCACCGUGAGAGGACGAAUGUGUGUUGUGUUGGACCCCUGUGUCGUCUUGGAGCACUACCAUCACGACCAAGAGGACAAGGAUGGCCGUGGAUGAACUUGCUCUAUAACCUUAUUUCACCAAUAAAACAUGACUAGUUUUGGUACUCUGACGACAUGUGUGAUAAUGAGCUAUGGUAUGCUGUGUCUAGUAUGAAGUAUGUGCUAUGAUUUAUAUGAAUUAUGAAGUAUGUCGAUUGAUCUACGUUGCAUGAGAUUAUAUGUAGGCAUAUGGUACCAUGACAUACCGGAGCGGACAUAUGUUUGGGUGGCCAACCGCGACAACCCAAUCGGUAGCGGUUUGUCAGGGAAGUUGGUUCUCACCAACAGCUCUGACCUUGUCUUGUCGGAUUCCAAGGGCCGUAUCCUUUGGAGGACGGCGAACAACGUCACCGCCGGGGGACGGGGGGCUGUGGCGCUGCUGCUCGAGGGGGGGAACUUUGCCAUCCAGUUGCAGAAUUUCACGCAGAUAUGGCAGAGCUAUGAUCACCCGACUGACACCAUCCUCCCCGGCUUCAAGUUAUGGGCGAACUACAAGACCCACACAGCUGUGCGCAUCGUUGCUUGGAAGGGUUCUCAAGACCCAUCCACCGGGAAAUUCCUCCUCAGUCGUGACCCCAGCACGGGCCUCCAGAUCCUCACCUGGCGCGGGACAAGCAAGUACUGGCGCAGCGGACUGUGGAACGGUGCAGAAGCCUCGGACAAGAACGGAUACAUGUGGUCCCAGAACGUCGAUGAUGGGGAGACCAUCUACUCGACGUACAACACUGGCAACAGCUCCUCCCGGAGAUCACACUGGAAGCUGGACUACACAGGCGACUUGAUGCUCAGGAUCUGGAGUGGCCAGUCAUGGGUGGUUCUGUUCAAGCGCCCAGAUGAUGGCUGCCGCCAAUACGGCUCGUGUGGUCCGUUCGGCUACUGCGACAUGUUCGACAAGAUCAGCGGCGAGUGCAAGUGCCUCGAUGGGUUCAGGCCGGCAGACGGCUUCAGCGCCAGCCCCUCCAGAGGAUGCGUGAGAAAGGAGAACCUGACAUGCCGCGGCGACCAUUUCUUGACUUUGCCGGAGAUGAAGGUGCCUGACAAGUUUGUGUAUGUGAGGAACAGAAGCUUCGAGGAGUGCACUGCUGAGUGUGAGCGUGACUGCUCUUGCACCGCGUACGCUUACACCAACCUGAGCAGUAUCGUGGCGACCGGUGGCCCAUCAAGAUGCUUGAUCUGGACAGGCGAGCUUGUUGACUCUGAGAAGGCUGGUAUGCUUGGUGGCAACCUGUACAUUCGGCUUGCUGGUUCUCCUGAACACAGUUCUGCAGUAAACACCACGAAGAGGGGUGUCAGUGUGGUAUUCAAGAUCGCACUUCCAGUUAUAACAUUCCUGCUGACACUCACAUGCAUAUAUCUCGUCUGCAUAUGCAAGCAAAAAGGGAUACAAAUAAACAAGGAAACCCUGAAAAAACCGGCCCUGAAACACCUGAGCACUUUGCAAGAAGUUUGGGAUCAAAAUUUAGAAUUCCAGUCUAUUAUGUUCGAAGACAUUGCUGCUGCAACAAACAGUUUCCAUGACUCGAACGUACUUGGAAAAGGAGGUUUUGGCAAAGUCUAUAAGGGAAUACUAGAAGAUGGAAAGGAAGUUGCUGUUAAAAGGCUUAGCAAGGGUUCUGAUCAGGGGAUAGAGCAUUUUAGAAAUGAAGUGGUUCUUAUUGCCAAAUUGCAGCACAAGAAUCUAGUUAGACUUCUUGGGUGCUGUAUUCAUGAGGAUGAGAAGUUGCUUAUUUAUGAAUACUUACCCAACAAAAGCCUGGACCAGUUUCUUUUUGAUAUUGCAAGGAAGUCUAUGCUUGAUUGGCCAAAGAGGUUCAACAUAAUCAAAGGGGUAGCUAGAGGACUUAUGUAUCUCCACCAAGAUUCGAGAACGACGAUAAUCCAUAGAGACCUCAAGCCAAGCAACAUCCUGCUAGACGUGGAGAUGAACCCAAAAAUAUCAGAUUUUGGAAUGGCAAGGAUCUUUGGGGGCAACGAACAACAAGAAAGUACCAGACGAGUUGUUGGCACGUACGGGUACAUGUCGCCUGAGUAUGCGAUGGAGGGCAUUUUUUCCGUCAAGUCCGACACCUACAGCUUUGGUAUUUUGCUACUAGAGAUUGUAAGUGGAUUAAAGAUCAGCUCACCACAUCAUCUUGUGAUGGACUUUUCAAAUCUCAUAUCAUUUGCAUGGAACUUGUGGGCAGAUGGCAAAGUGAAGGAUUUCGUGGACCCAGCCGUCACGGAGAGCUACUCGCUUGAUGAAGUGUCCAAGUGCAUCCAUGUUGGGCUCUUGUGUGUCCAGGACAGCUCCGGUGCUAGGCCUCACAUGUCAUCCGUUGUGUCCAUGCUCGACAGUGAAGCCAUGCCUCGUGCAGCGCCGAGGCAACCUAUGUAUUUCGCGCAGAUAAAUUACGAAACCAGUGAUGCGACAGAAGACCUGGAAAACUCCGCCAAUGGUGUGAGCCUUACGGCACUAGAAGGACGAUAACUGGCUCAUGUAACUGUGCCAUUUCUACUAGCUAUCAAGAUUUACUUAUAUUUGAAGGAAUGUAUUCUAAUUAAGAUUUGUGUGCUUCUUUUCCUUGUUGGCCAUGGCAUUAAGCCCACUUUUGUUGGAUUGUACCGUUGACAUGGAUUGACAAUUUUUUGUCAAAUUAGUUGAGCGAUAAGUGUGAUAAA